CAGAUCACCACAACACAGGUGUCUCGAUACGGAGAUAAGAGACAAUAUAAAUAGUAAGCAGCAUUACGACAGAUCACAUAGCUGGAAGCAAAGCAGCGAGACGUGCUCGAGAUGAAGACGAUCUUCAUCCUCUUCGCUGUCCUCGGGAUAACAGCAGCAAAGGCUGUUCCUGCGCCCCGUAUUAGCGUACACACACGCAACCUCCAGGAUGACCUCAAUGACUUCCUCGCCCUCAUCCCCGUCGACGAAAUUGUCGCUAUCGUCACCGAUCACUUGGCCAACGACCCUGAGGUGCAGGCUGCUGUUCAGUACAUACUCUCCGAUGACUUCAAGAGCAUUGUCCUGGCCAUCGACGCUCUCCCAGAAUACAUUGAUUUCCUCAACUACCUGCAAGAGUCCGGCCUCGAUGUCUACAAAUACGUGAACGCUCUACACGACUUCCUGGGACUGCCCCAGCUUACCCCUCCAUCCAAGCUGAGGCACACCAGGAGCAUCCGUUCCAUGGUCGACGAGAUUCUCGCCAUCUUGCCACUGGACGAACUCCGGGCUCUGUUCGACGAGAAGCUGCAAACCAGCCCCGACUUCAAGGAGCUGUACGACAGGAUCAGGUCUCCCGAAUUCCAGUCGAUCGUGGAAACUCUGAACUCGCUGCCAGAGUACCAGGAGCUGCUCCAGAAAUUGAGGGACGCUGGCAUCGACGUCGACGCAUUCAUUGACCUGAUUCGCGGUCUUUUCGGCCUGCCAACAAGCUCCAGCAACAAGGUUCGACUCCAUGUACCUGCCAAGAAGGCCAACCGCAACCUCCAGGAUGACCUCAAUGACUUUCUCGCCCUCAUCCCCGUCGACGAAAUUGUCGCUAUCGUCACCGAUCACUUGGCCAACGACCCUGAGGUGCAGGCUGCUGUUCAGUACAUACUCUCCGAUGACUUCAAGAGCAUUGUCCUGGCCAUCGACGCUCUCCCAGAAUACAUUGAUUUCCUCAACUACCUGCAAGAGUCCGGCCUCGAUGUCUACAAAUACGUGAACGCUCUACACGACUUCCUGGGACUGCCCCAGCUUACCCCUCCAUCCAAGCUGAGGCACACCAGGAGCAUCCGUUCCAUGGUCGACGAGAUUCUCGCCAUCUUGCCACUGGACGAACUCCGGGCUCUGUUCGACGAGAAGCUGCAAACCAGCCCCGACUUCAAGGAGCUGUACGACAGGAUCAGGUCUCCCGAAUUCCAGUCGAUCGUGGAAACUCUGAACUCGCUGCCAGAGUACCAGGAGCUGCUCCAGAAAUUGAGGGACGCUGGCAUCGACGUCGACGCAUUCAUUGACCUGAUUCGCGGUCUUUUCGGCCUGCCAACAAGCCCCAGCAACAAGGUUCGACUCCAUGUACCUGCCAAGAAGGCCAACCGCAACCUCCAGGAUGACCUCAAUGACUUUCUCGCCCUCAUCCCCGUCGACGAAAUUGUCGCUAUCGUCACCGAUCACUUGGCCAACGACCCUGAGGUGCAGGCUGCUGUUCAGUACAUACUCUCCGAUGACUUCAAGAGCAUUGUCCUGGCCAUCGACGCUCUCCCAGAAUACAUUGAUUUCCUCAACUACCUGCAAGAGUCCGGCCUCGAUGUCUACAAAUACGUGAACGCUCUACACGACUUCCUGGGACUGCCCCAGCUUACCCCUCCAUCCAAGCUGAGGCACACCAGGAGCAUCCGUUCCAUGGUCGACGAGAUUCUCGCCAUCUUGCCACUGGACGAACUCCGGGCUCUGUUCGACGAGAAGCUGCAAACCAGCCCCGACUUCAAGGAGCUGUACGACAGGAUCAGGUCUCCCGAAUUCCAGUCGAUCGUGGAAACUCUGAACUCGCUGCCAGAGUACCAGGAGCUGCUCCAGAAAUUGAGGGACGCUGGCAUCGACGUCGACGCAUUCAUUGACCUGAUUCGCGGUCUUUUCGGCCUGCCUACGAGGAAAUUUUAAACAACAAUUUUUAGCAGAUAAAUACAACGUGUUAUUGCCUGUGGUGUGCAUUAUGGGAAGAAGGAAGUGUUGUUUUAGAACUAUGAGCACGUGAAUAAAUUAUUUUCCAGCGUAA